GAGGCGAAACGAAGCACUGCUAAAACAAGAGGAGCCCGACUUUUGCAGAAAUACUCUCACGCCCAAACACCAAAAUAAAAAAUAAAAAUAAAUACGAAUUUUAAAAAUAAAAAAUAAAAAAAAUGAAGAAGAAGAAGCUGAUAUAGAUUAUCUAUUUAGUUCGCUUCAUGGACUGAUCAGGAAAUUCAUCAUGCUUUAGCAUGUUGUGUGUUCAUGCAUGGGUGGCAAAAGUGGAUUGGGUCUUAGAAAUUGGAUUUCUCAGAGUAGGCUGCGAGAUUGGAUUCCGUUUUGACUUUUGAAACCUGUUUCCGAUGUUGAAGUUCCUGGUAGGGCGGUGUUAGAAUGUUCGUCUGGUGUGUUCUUGCAUGUCAAACUGCUUUAUCUGAAACUGAUUGUAUUCACAUAUCGAAAUUCUGUUAUCUCUGCAACUGAAACAGAAGCAUCCAUGGAGUAUGCCAGUUGGGUUCACCCUAGAAACUUCCAAUCCACCUCGAAUGCUGGUUUAAAUUCAUUUCACGCAACUCAAGCGAACCCUGAAAUGAGGCUCACAAAUAUUCCCAUGGUUCCAGGUGGACCGCCAGAAGCAUCACAGAAUGUUGGGUUUGAGAAUGGAACCAUUAAAAUUAGAAGGCAGCAGCCUUUGAUAAAGAGUUCUGAUCGCAUUGCCUCCAAGGCUUUAAGGCCAAAGCAAACAAAAAGAAAGACAUCAGCAAGAAAGUGCACUAGUCCAAAAUACGGGAAAAAGAAUACGGUCAUCAUUGUCAAUGGGACAGCAGUUGAUUUUUCAGGUGUACCUACACCAGUAUGCUCAUGCACUGGCCUGCGUCGCCAAUGCUACAGAUGGGGCGCAGGUGGAUGGCAAUCGUCCUGUUGCACAACAAGCAUAUCUGAAUAUCCUCUGCCAAUGAGUUCCUCGAGGCCAGGAGCACGUAUGGCUGGAAGGAAAAUGAGCAGCGGUGCAUAUAUAAAACUGCUACAGAGACUUGCAGCUGAAGGUCAUGACCUUUCUAAUGCUGUUGACUUGAAGAAUCAUUGGGCGAGACACGGUACUAACAAGUUUGUUACGAUCAGUAUUAUCUCCGAGGCUGAAACAGAAGCCUCCACCAUGGAAUUUGCCAGCUGGGUUCACCAGAAGAACUUCUUAUCUGCCACAAAAGCUAGUACGAAUUCAUCACAGGCAACCCGAGUCAACCCUGAAAUACAUCUCACAGAUAUUUCAAUGGUUCCAAGCACACAAGCAGAUACAUCACAGAACGGGGAGUUUGACAAUAAAACAACUAAAAUUAGAAGUCUGCAGCCAUUUACAAAGCAACCCGAUCGUCGAAUUGCCUCCAAAGUUUUAAGGCCAAAGCAGUCAAAGAACUCUGUGCCUAAGAUGAAGAAGAGAAAGGGCAGCUCUCAAGCUACUAUGAAGCAUGAGAACAAUAAUAAUGACAUUUUCAUUAAUGGGAGAGCAUUGGAUUUUUCAGGGGUACCAACGCCAGUAUGCUCUUGUACUGGGAUACGUCGCCAAUGCUACAGAUGGGGUACUGGAGGUUGGCAGUCAUCCUGUUGCACCACAAGCAUAUCCGAAUAUCCUUUGCCGAUGAGUUUGUCAAGGCCUGGUGCGCGCCUCGCUGGGAGGAAAAUGAGCAACGGUGCAUAUGGGAAGCUUCUGCAUAGACUUGCAGCUGAAGGUCAUGACCUUUCUAAGGCAGUGGACUUGAAGAACCACUGGGCCAGGCAUGGAACUAAUAAGUUUGUGACAAUCAGUAUUAUCUCUGAAGCUGUCAAAGAAGCAUCCACCAUGGAUUUCACGGGUUGGGUUCACCAGAGAAACUUCCAAUCUGCCACAAAAGCUGGGCCAAAUUCAUCGCAAGCAUCUCAAGCGAAUGCAGAAAUGGGGAUUGGUCAUAUUCCCAUGCUUCCUGGUGUUCCGGGAAACAUGACACAGAAUGGAGAAUUGGAGAAUAAAAUGGCGAAAAUUACAAAUCUGCAGCAUUCUACAAAGAAGUCCAAUCAGGUGGCCUCCAAGGUUUUGAGGCCGAAGCAAUCGAAAAAGACGAAGAGAAAGGGCAGUUCUAAACAAGCAGCCCCAAAAUGCGAGAAAAAGAGUACAGGCAUCAUUAUCAAUGGAACAACGUUAGAUUUAUCGGGCGCACCUGCGCCGGUAUGUUCUUGUACUGGAGUGGCCCACCAAUGCUACAGAUGGGGUGAUGGAGGAUGGCAAUCAUCCUGUUGCACCACUAGCAUAUCUGAAUAUCCUCUCCCGUUGAUCCCCUCAAAGUCAGGAGCACGCGUGGCUGGAAGGAAGAUGAGCAAUGGUGCGUAUGUGAAACUUCUACAGAGACUUGCAUCCGAAGGCCAUGACCUUUCUCAUUCUGUCGACUUGAAGAACCACUGGGCUCGGCAUGGCACUAAUAAGUUCGUUACAAUCAGGUAGAUAUGAAAAGAGUUGGUAGUACCAUCUUUUGUUUGCUUUAGAUUACAACAUUUUUCGCUCUAAUUUAAGCAUGUUUCUUGUUGUAUCUUCAUGACAUGUCACAAGUGCUUGUAAAGAUCUUUUUCCCUCGAUCAUUUACGUUCUGUAAAGAAGGUAUAUGGUCAAGGAGCUGCACUGGGAUUAUCUUACUAA